AUGCGUCGCUUUACAAUAAUAUUGUGUUUCAUGUCGCGAGUGAUUAACGGAACAUACACAGUUCAACACCACUCAUAUUCGGAGCACAUGUCAAGAAAAUCGAGAUCAAACAUGCCGCAGGUGCUGCAAAGUGGUUAUGUUUACAGACACUUCGAUGAACCUGGACAGUUUGUUGGCAUCGAAAAGCCUGUUGUUAUCCCUUAUGUGCCGCAAAACCCCACGUCUGUUGAAAAAUUGAGGAACGACCCGCCACCAACAUUUGAUUACGUUAUCUCGCCUCACACAACCCCAUUUACAAAAAGGGACAUAGACUAUGAAAUAGCUAAAUCCGCAUCCAAAGCUAAAUAUGAAACUUCGAGAAUUAAAUCAGACAACAUGUAUGAUAAACUGAAGUCAGUGAUGCACUAUCACCCUCCCCCGGAUAAGGAGUUUGUAUCUGGGUACGACGGCAGCAGUGAAUACCGAAUAGACGAUGACGACGUAAGGAGCAGUUCUAGAAGUUCAUAUGACAGUUGGCCAUAUUUUUACCAUAGCCCUUAUGAAUAUGCACAUGACAAAGAUAUAUAUGAUGCAGAAAAAGUGAAAGACAAACGUUAUGUAUUAGAAGGAAUUCAAAGUAUACCAGUUCAUGAGGUUAUAGAAAACGAUACUCCUGCCGGUUAUGCUGCAAGCCCUGGAAGUUAUUAUGACGUCACCGACAACCCUAUAACAGGAGAUGAGCCAUUUUUUUCAUUUGUUCUUAAUGAUUAUUUUGAAAGGAGUGGUUACGACGAGGACCCACUUUCAUUUAAAGGAUUAGAUUGGGGCAGAGAUUUCGACCAUGAUAUUUCAAUGCCUGAAGAUAAUGGCAGAAUUCGACGAUUAGAAAACAGUAAUUAUUAUUCAACUGUACCUCCAUUAACAAACACAGAAAGCCAAGAUGUCUAUUCCAGAUAUGCAAAUGCAGAAUCAGCAGCAACUAAAGGUAAACGACAAGAUCAUGAAUUCGACAAACGUGAAAACGGUGCAAAGAAACAUUCUGACCAUAGAACUGAGUAUGAAAACAAAUUAAAUCGAUAUAAUGGAUUCAAAGAUUUUCUAGACACUUUUGCAAAUAAGUUCGGCUCAGAAGAUCAUAAGAAAGAUUCUAAAAUAAUUAAUCAAGUAAAUCGAGAUAAAGGUGAAAACAGGAGAGGUUUUCACAGAGUCUACCACAAGGAUGAAUACCAAGAAGACAAAGAAUUCUUCGAUAACAAUAACAGCAGCACAAGAGGAAUAGAGAAGGGCAGUUCUAACGCUCACCUGGGUGGAUCUGAAGCUUACUUGCGGUCCCAAGCAGCGGCGGCAGUUGGAAACCAAUCGACAAAUGCCAACAAUUCAGGAAACACAAGGGAUCAAAAGUUUGAGAAGAAUCACACAGGACAUGACAAAUCAAAUACAGUACAAAACAGCUUCAACAAGUACAUAGACACGGCAAAGAGAGCAGCUCUCAGCAACGAAGCAGAUUACGCAGACCACUACAGGAUAUGACAGGAGGCGAAACAUUUGGGUGAUGUACUCAACCGAGACACUCAGAAAGUGACGACAGACGGUGCAAAGUGAGUGACUGAAAAAGUGGAGUUUUGCGGAGGUUUAAACAAUUCGGAAUUGUGUUUAGAGAUAAUAGACUAUCAUAAUGGUCUAGGAAAUCAUAACACAUGUUUGUUGAUUUCCUCUUCAGUGUAAACAACCUCGAAUGGACUGACGAAAGACAAUUAGUCGUAACAUUCAUAGCGAUGACAUCGCUCCCUGUUAUUUUUUUAAUUUUCUGCUAUUGUAGGGCAUUGUUUUUUUACCUAGCUGAUAAGUCUUUUUUUACUUCAGGUAACGAUCCAUCUCUGCCUGUUUUAGAAUAGCAUUGAACUAAUCAUUAAAACCUUAAUGUAGUUCACUGCAACCGGAAAAACAAUGAUAUAGAAUAAAUAUGCUGUGCGAUUCACUAACCUUCACAUAACCAAACGAUUUUGACCAUGUUGUAACGUUUAUAGACUAGGUAGGUAGACUGAUUGAUGAUAAGUCUCCAAAAAUCAAUUGUUGCUUUAAGUAGGUACGAGUUUUAAAAUGAAACGACAAAAUUGUGUAAUGAACAAUAUUUUUAUAAUGUUGAUUUACAAUGCAAAUUCGAAAUAUAAAAUGUAAUAUUUAAGCUAGGUAUAAGCGAUACACACAAAGCU